CAGAGGCGACCUGAGCGCCUCCCGGCCGAGCGGGCGCGGGUCGCGGGGAGCCCACCAGCGGCGCGCCCGCGUUUCCCCGCACACCCGCCCGGCCCUGCCGGCCGCUCCCGACCGCGGCCUCGCCCCAGCCCCGCGGGGGCCGCGCAGAGCCGCUCCAUCCCGCUGCAUCCUGCCGCGUCGCCUCUCCGUCCCGCUGUGUUCCCGCUCCGUCCCUGUCCGUCCCCGCUGUGUUUCCGCCGCGUCCCCCUCCGCCCCGCUGUGUCCCAGCUGCGUCCCUGCUCCGUCCCCGCUCUGUCCCCUCCCGCCGACCCCCGGAGAUGCGGCCCGGCGCCACCUGGGCGCUGCUCUUGGCCGCGGCCCUCGGACUCGGGGUGCGCGACGUGCGCGGCGCGGUGGCCCUCGCCGACUUCUACCCGUUCGGCGCGGAGCGCGGCGACGCCGUCACCCCCAAGCAGGACGACGGCGGCUCGGGGCUGCGGCCGCUCUCCGUGCCCUUCCCGUUCUUCGGCUCCGAGCACUCCGGACUCUACGUGAACAACAACGGGGUCAUCUCCUUCCUGAAGGAGGUCUCCCAGUUCACCCCAGCGGCCUUCCCCAUCGCCAAGGACCGCUGCGUGGUGGCGGCCUUCUGGGCGGACGUGGACAACAGGCGCGCCGGCGACGUGUACUACCGGGAGGCCACCGACGCGGCCACGCUGCGCAGAGCCACGGAGGACGUCAGGACUUACUUCCCGGAGCUCCCAGACUUCUCCGCCACUUGGGUUUUUAUAGCCACCUGGUAUCGCGUGACCUUCUUUGGAGGCAGCUCCUCUUCCCCCGUCAACACGUUCCAGACUGUGCUCAUCACCGAUGGCAAGCUAUCCUUCACCAUCUUCAACUACGAGUCCAUCACGUGGACCACGGGCACGCACGCCAGCAGUGGGGGCAACGCCUCUGGCCUGGGGGGCAUCGCGGCCCAGGCGGGCUUCAACGCGGGUGAUGGGCGGCGCUACUUCAGCAUCCCCGGCUCGCGCUCGGCAGACAUGGCGGAGGUGGAGACCACCACCAACGUGGGCGUGCCCGGGCGCUGGGCGUUCAGAAUCGAUGAUGCCCAGGUGCGCGUGGGGGGCUGCGGCCAUACAACCUCUGUGUGCCUGGCCCUGCGCCCCUGCCUCAAUGGCGGCAGGUGCAUCGACGACUGCGUCACCGGCCGCCCCUCCUACUCCUGCUCCUGCCCCUCGGGCUUUGCCGGCAGGAGGUGCCACCUGGAUGUGAACGAGUGCGCUUCCCACCCGUGUCAGAACGGCGGGACCUGCACACAUGGCGUCAACAGUUUUAGCUGCCAGUGCCUGGCCGGCUUCGGGGGACCCACCUGCGAGACAGCACAAUCUCCAUGUGACACCAAAGAGUGUGAGAAUGGCGGCUGGUGCCAGGCGGACGGCGGCUCCGCAGUGUGCUUGUGCCAGGCCGGCUACACCGGCGAGGCAUGCGAGACGGACGUGGACGAGUGCAGCUCUGGCCCGUGCCUGAAUGGGGGGUCCUGUGUCGACCGGGUAGGGAACUUCACCUGCCUGUGUGCCGAGCCCUUCGAGGGACCUCGCUGCGAAACAGGAAGCCACCCAGUGCCCGAUGCCUGCCUCUCGGCCCCAUGCCAGAACGGGGGCACCUGUGUGGACGCAGAGCAGGGCUACGUGUGCGAGUGUCCCGAGGGCUUCAUGGGCCUGGACUGCAGGGAGAGAACCCCCACCGACUGUGAGUGCCGAAAUGGUGGCAGGUGCCUGGGGGCCAACACCACCCUCUGCCACUGCCCCCCAGGCUUCUUUGGGCUCCUCUGCGAAUUUGAGGUCACAGCCACGCCCUGCAAUGUGAACACUCAGUGCCCGGACGGAGGCUACUGCAUGGAGCAUGGCGGGAGCUACCUCUGCGUCUGCCACACCGACCACAACGCCAGCCACCCGCUGCCGUCACCCUGCGACUCGGACCCCUGCUUCAACGGAGGCUCCUGCGAGGCCCACGAGGACUCCUACACGUGCGAGUGCCCGCGGGGGUUCCACGGCAGGCACUGCGAGAAAGCCCGGCCACGCCCAUGCAGCUCGGGGCCCUGCCGGAACGGGGGCACGUGCAAGGAGGCAGGCGGCGAGUACCAGUGCACCUGCCCCUACCGCUUCGCCGGGAGGCACUGCGAGAUCGGGAAACCAGACUCGUGCGCCUCUGGCCCCUGUCACAACGGUGGCACCUGCUUCCACUACAUCGGCAAGUACAAGUGUGACUGUCCCCCAGGCUUCUCCGGGCGGCACUGUGAGAUAGCCCCCUCCCCCUGCUUCCGGAGCCCGUGUGUGAACGGGGGCACCUGCGAGGACCUGGGCACAGACUUCUCCUGCCGCUGCCAAGCAGGGUACACGGGACGCCGGUGCCAGGCAGAGGUGGACUGCGGGCCCCCCGAGGAAGUGAAACAUGCCACCCUGCACUUCAAUGGCACGCGGCCAGGCUCGGUGGCCCUGUACUCUUGCGACCAGGGCUACAGCCUACACGCCUCCAACCACGCCCGGGUCUGCCAGCCACAGGGAGUCUGGAGCGAGCCUCCCCAAUGCCACGAAAUUGACGAGUGCCGAUCCCAGCCGUGCCUGCAUGGGGGCUCCUGCCAGGACCGCGUCGCCGGGUACUUGUGUGUCUGCAGCCCAGGGCAUGAAGGAGCCCACUGUGAGCUGGAGACGGACAAGUGCCGGGCACAGCCCUGCAGAAAUGGAGGCUCCUGCAGGGACCUCCCGGGGGCCUUUGUCUGCCAGUGCCCCCCAGGCUUCGUUGGAGUCCACUGUGAGACAGAGGUGGACGCCUGUGACUCCAGCCCCUGCCAGCACGGAGGCCGGUGUGAGAACGGCGGGGGCGCCUACCUGUGUGUCUGCCCAGAGGGCUUCUUCGGUUACCACUGCGAGACAGUGAGUGACCCCUGCUUCUCCAGCCCCUGUGGGGGCCGCGGCUACUGCCUGGCCAGCAACGGUUCCCACAGCUGCACCUGUAAAGUGGGCUACACGGGCAAGGACUGUGCCAAAGAGCUCUUCCCACCAACGGCCCUCAAGGUGGAGCGAGUGGAGGAGAGCGGGGUCUCGGUCUCCUGGCGCCCACCCGAAGGCCAGGCCUCCAGGCAGGUGCUCGACGGCUACGCGGUCACCUACGCUUCCUCCGACGGCUCCUACCGCCGCACAGACUUCGUUGACCGGAGCCGCUCCUGGCACCAGCUCCGGGCCCUGGCGGCUGGCAGGGCCUACAACAUCUCCGUCUUCUCGGUCAAGCGCAACGCCAACAACAAGAAUGACAUCAGCAGGCCCGCAGUGCUGCUCGCCCGCACGCGACCCCGCCCUGUCGAGGGACUUGAGGUCACCAACGUGACAGCCAGCACCAUCUCGGUGCGGUGGGCUCUGCAUAGGAUCCGUCAUGCCACAGUCAGCGGCGUCCGUGUGUCCAUCCGCCACCCCGAGGCCCAGGAGGACCAGUCCACAGACGUGGACAAAAGCGUGGACAAGUUCACCUUCGGGGCCCUGCUGCCAGGAAGGAGAUACACCAUCCGGGUGACCGCCCUCAGCGGGCUCGGGGGACAGGAGCCUCUCACCGAGAGCCUGGCCUCGGCACCACUGCACGUGUGGACCCGGCCUCAGCCGCCAGCCAACCUGACUGCCACCCGAGUCACGGCCACCUCUGCCCACGUGGUCUGGGAUGUCCCCACCCCCGGCGCCCCACUGGAGGCGUACGUCAUCAAUGUGACCGCCAGCCAGAGCACCAAGAGCCGCUACGUCCCCAACGGGAGGCUGGUGUCCUACACGGUGCGGGACCUGACGCCAGGACGGCGGUAUCAGCUCUCGGUGACGGCGGUGCAGAGCACAGGAGGUGCCCAGCUGCACAGCGAGCCCGCACACCUCUACAUCAUCACCUCCCCGAGGGAGGGUGCUGACCGACGCUGGCUCCGGGAAGGACUCCACCCCCGGGUGCUCAGAAACCGACCGUCCCCCGGGCGCCUGCCGGAGCUGCGCCUGCUCAACGACCCCGGUGCCCCUGAAACGCCGUCCCCAGCCCCCAGGUUCUCGGAGCUUGUGGACGGCAGAGGACGAGUGAGGGCCAAGUUCGGCCACUCGCCUGGUGGACUAGCCACUGUGAGAUCAAAACCUACGGCUCUGGUGCAGCCUAAGAGCACGGAGGAGGUCCCCACACAGGUCAGCCUGGCCCUGCAGCUCCCUGAACGCAGUGGCGACAAGGACACGGAAGACGCCCCCGGGAACUGCUCAGAAAACCCCUGUCAGAAUGGAGGCACCUGUGUGCCCGGCGCGGAUGCCCACAGCUGUGACUGCAGCCCAGGCUUCAAAGGCAGGCGCUGCGAGCUCGCCUGCAGAAAGGUGCCCCAGCCCUGCACGCGGCUGUUCUCGGAGACAAAGUCCUUUCCAGUCUGGGAAGGAGGCGUCUGUCACCACGUGUACAGGAGGGUCUACAAAAUGCACCAAGACAUCUGCUUCAAAGAGAGCUGUGAAAGCACAAGCGCCAGGACAGCCCCCAGCAGGAAACAAAGUAACAGUCCUACACUGAAGAAAUCUUAAGUUCAACCCCACGUGACUCCCACCUCCCCACAAGCACACUCUGCGGAAGCCCUCACAACCGUUUGGAAGAUCUGGGCUAAGCCACAGAGACCCGUCUCUAGCUCGACACAAUUUCUUAUCAAUGUGAGGUCACUGGAAAUGACAGGAAUUCUGGCUGGCCCAGGACAGUCACCACGCCAGGUCCAUAAAGGAGCUAGAUGCCCAUCUUCCCGGUGGCACAGGAGAGGAGAGUGGUGCACCCUGGGAACAAGCAGCUUCCCAAACCAAACUGGAUCAAAAAGGACACCCUGAGAGACAACAUCCUGGCUGGAGUCAGUCCCCCGAGCAGCCACCCUCCUCCAGCCUCAGGAAGACAGACGGCCAGGCCAGGCAUCCACCAGCCACCUCCCUGCCCAGCCACAGCCAGGGAGACCCCCGGGACAGAACUGACACCUGUGAUCUAAGCCAGGCCAUAGUCUAAGGGGUGGCCCGGGACACGUCUGCCAUGGACGAGCGGGGCUGUCCACCAGGAAUGCUUCGGCAACAUUCAGAACCCAGUUCUCAGAUUCCAAACUCAGAGAAAGAAUUCUCCAUUCGAAACCUAAAACCAAAUUAAAGGAGGAACUGCUGUCCACAGCUUUCAAAGCAGAGCCGGUGGGGCUGUGAGGGAGGGGCAGAGGCGAGGCCGCACUGGGAGGAAAGGCAGGCGUUGGGGCGUGUGCGUGCUGGCUACCUGCAGGCGAGGGCGUCGUCACAGAAAACUAGCAGGGUACUCAGACACUUCUCAUCUGCAACUUUUUCUCUGAAGGUGAGACAGCGUUUUUGGCUUGCUGGACCAUGUGGUCACUGUGGCAACUGCUCAACUCUACGAUCGUAGCAGAAGUGUAGCCACAGAUGUGAGACUGAGCAAGCAGGCUGUGUUCCGAUGAAACUUUAUUUACAAAAGCAGGCAGAGCCAAGCUGGCCAACGGGCCACACUUGGCUAACCCCUGGUCUGUGAGGCCACCGGGCUCGGGCCUUAUGCAGACAAAGCCGCUCCCUGGAUGACACGUCACACCAAGGCACCAAAGGCCUCAAGGGUUUCAUGGAAGCACUACACAAACCCCACGCGGAAAGCCGAGGCAGCACCUCUACCGAGUGCAGCAAGGGCUUGUCCCUCAGAGCCCAAGUGCGACAGGGAGGGACAACAGGGGCGGACGAGAUGGGACACUGUCUGAGGGUCCUUCUAGCUACAAUUCAGGCAACACUGCUUCAGGAACCAGGCGGUGAGCACGGCCUUUCCCUCCAGUUCCGUGCCACCUUGGCACACGCACUCUCCAGCACGCUUCUGAACCGCGCCAGCUUCUCCCGGCAAACGACGGUGAGACCAAAGAGGCCGGCCCCCACCUCGCACCAUGGGGAGCACUUCACCGCCGAGCCAAACUGGACACGCCGUGCGUCCUCCGCUGACUCUGCCCGAGUCGGCACCACAGCCACGAAAAGGGCUUCUUCCUUUCACCGCUUAUAAAAAAAUUUUUGCAGAGUUAUAUUUUAGGCUUUUUAUUUUUAUUAAAGUUUUGUGUGCAUAUGUCUGUGUAUUACACAUUUUGUCAUUUUCAGAAAGGAGAAAAGUCACUUCAAGAAGUCUCUACUGUACUCCAGAAGGCUCCCAGCCUCCAGGCCCACCUGGAGAAGGCGGCUGAGCUCAGUCAAGGGGCUCCGGCAGCAGGAGACCCAAGAAAGCCACACAUGAAGCACGUGCUGCUGACGGCUGCUGUGGCGCCGGGGCCCGUCGCCGUGGCCCACACAAGCUACAGCGCCACGAGCAAACGGCAAGGUCGAGUGAUGUCACUGGAAGGGGGGAUGAAACUCCACCGCCACGUGAGGAACCUCAGUCCCUCAGCCAUGAGGCAAACGUGGCGUGUUCCAGUUUCUAGCCUAGAAGCCUCUGUUUCUCCGAAAAACAGUCUACUGAAUCCUGAGCUGGGUGCUGUCUCGUCUUAUGACUGACAUAUCAUGAUGUUUUAUAAAUUAUACGUGUAGUAAAAAGACUUCCUGAUGCUGAAGGAAUACGAUUCAUCCUUGAAACACUGCAAAUGAGCCGCUGCUGUUUUCCUGUGGCUCCUUCUUAAAACCCUAAUGUCCUCCUUGGAAACACUCAAAAGUCCACCCAAAGAAAUCAGCAGCGACGGAAUCAGAAAACCGUCAGGGGCACACGCAUUUCUGUGUCGAAAUGAAAGGGGCAACCAUGCGUUGUCAAGUUAGCCAUGUGCUUAACGAAACAUGGAUCAACUGACCAUGCAAUGGAGCCUAGAUUUAGGAUUCUGUUAAUCCUGACUGAGCACAAGAAUAACAUCCUACGUUCCAGGCAAACUGCAGGUCACUUGGAUGCCACAAAAUUCAAGAGUAAAUGAAAACUGAAACGUCUUCACUUUCAAACGAUCCUGCCCGUGACUAAGAAAGACAAUGAAGACAAAACUCCCUUUUCCCCAUUGUGUGCGGGCUGUCCCAGGUGCAGUUGAGGAAAGCCACAAGGCACCCUGCUGCUCACCCACCAGCCACCCCAACAGGCAAGGGCUCCAUGUCAGCCAGCCUCCAGCAGCUCUCCUCAGCGGGCAGUCCUCCGGCUGGAGAACUACUGCCACCGACGUCUGAUACCAAUGGGGAGGGACUCACCACA